AUGGCAGAACCAACCAAUACACCCGUGCCAGCUUCUACGCCGCGAGCUACAUCUCCUGCUCCUCAACUUCCCUUCAUCUCUCAAGGAUCUCUUUCAAUACGGUCAUCCAUGACAUCCUCAAAACCCAAGGUUCUUCAUAUUGGAGACCCUAUCAAAUACAAUCCUGAAACAUAUCUCCGCUUCAGCAUUCAGUGUGAGGUUAUCAGACCGCCAGCUGAAGAGCGGCAACGGCCAGAGUUUAUCAAGGCCCUCAAGGAAAAGAGAUGGGGCGAUUUUGAUGCCAUAUUUCGGCCAUUCUGGGGAACUGGAGGUGAAAUGGGAAAAUGGGAUCAAGAGUUGAUCAGUUUGCUGCCACAGAGUGUCAAGGUAUUUGCAAGUGCAGGUGCUGGCUUUGACUGGGCUGAUACGAAGCUCCUGGGAGAACGAGGAAUCAUCUACUGCAAUUCUGGUCUCGCAGCUGCUGAAGCUGUAGCUGACUUUGCCAUCGUUGGGAUCAUUUCAACAUUCCGGGUCCUCCCAUGGUGUAUCUCCUCCGCCAUGUCCGGAGAUGAGGAGGCUUUCAAGGAGAAUCAUCGCGAUGCUACAAUGCAGUCGUACAAUCUUCGCGACCAGGCUCUAGGAAUUAUUGGUUUUGGCAACAUUGGUCAACAAAUCGCUGCUCGUGCCCGACAUGGAUUCGGGAUGGACAUUCACUACUAUGAUGUGCUUCCCAAGCCUGCUGCUGUUGUCGCUCCUGUGCGAGCUACUCACCAUGAGACGCUUGAGAGUCUUCUUGGUCGAUGCGACUGUGUUGUUCUCUGCACACCGGCUGGCGAAGGCACUCUUAUUGACCCAAAGACUCUGCCAUUCUUCAAGCGUGGAUCGCGGUUUGUCAAUAUUGCACGAGGAAGUCUUGUUGACGAGGAUGCACUGGCUGCUGCCCUUCGAGAUGGUACACUGUCAAGCGCGGCUCUUGACGUCCACGCAAACGAGCCAAAGAUACACCCCGAAUUAUUGGAGCUCGCUAAACAGGGCCGUGUGUUGGUGACAUGCCACAAUGCUGGAGGAACAGUCGACACCCACAAGGGUUUUGAAGAGUUAAGCAUGAGAAACAUCAUGGCUGUUCUCAGCGGUGGAGAGGCCAUUACUCCCGUAAACCUGGAAUUUCUCAAGAAGUAG